UGAUCCCAGAUUUCUUCCAGGUGUCAGAUUUCAGAAAACGCAGAUUUUCUCUGCUAAAAACCCUACUGGGUCAAUUAGAACAAAGAAAAAAAAACUUGAUUCAUCCCCUGUUUCGAAGAAAGGGGGGAUUUUUCUAGGGACCCAGUUUUCGUUUCAGUGCCGCAACACAAUCGAGUUUCUGUUGGCUUUUCUAAAUGCAUGAGUUCGAUUUGAUUUUCCCCUGCUCCUGCCACUCCGUUUUUUGUUUCUGUUCAAACACUCACUGAUAGAAAAAAAGAUUCGAGAAUUGGUUUUGUUUUCAUUGGUGAGUUGGAAGUGAGAGUGGCAUUGCUGAAGUGUAAUUCCAUUGAAAUGAGGGAAAUUUUAAUGAGAGGGCAAUGAAAGGGGCGUCUGAGAUUUUAGAGAUAAUAAGAUGAGUGGUGGAUCAUUGGGUAUUCGUUCUGGGAGUUAUGGGUCUUUGGAGAAGCAGCAGCAGCAGCUACAGAACAAUGGUGUGUCGCUUAUUCAAUCAGCACGCAAACCCACCAAGACGCUGAAGGAGAAAGACAGGUUCUUCCUUUGGAUCUUCAAGUUUGCUGGCAGAAAGAAGGUCGGAAUGCUCUGUCUCUUUACCAUCUCCGCUGCUGUUUUCAUCUGGGUUUUGUACGUUGGAAAAGAUGAAGAUUCACAGGAGGGGAACAGUGUUCAUAACAUUAGUGUUAAUGGAAAUAUGUCUAUAGGUGUUUCUCCAUCUUUGAUCGCUGGUGCAAAUAUCAAGGGCUUCACUACAAUUUCAGUUCUACCUCCUCCUCCCCCGAGCUAUUUUCUGGGUUACACUCUUCCUUCUGGUCAUCCCUGUAAUACUUUCACACUUCCUCCUCCACCGGCAGAUAAAAAGCGAACUGGGCCACGACCAUGCCCAGUAUGUUACCUUCCCGUGGAUGAAGCCAUUGCACUUAUGCCAAAGUUUCCGUCACCUUCUCCAGUACUUAAGAACUUAGCAUUUAUCUAUGAGGAAACUCUUAGCAGGGAUGGUGAAUUUGGUGGUUCGGACUUUGGUGGAUAUCCUACUUUGAGGCAGAGAAAUGAAUCUUUUGAUAUACGAGAGUCAAUGAGUGUGCACUGUGGAUUUGUUAGAGGAACUAAACCUGGCCGCAACACAGGAUUUGACAUGGAUGAAGAUGACCUCCUUGAAAUGGAGCAGUGUCACGGCGUAGUUGUUGCAUCAGCCAUAUUUGGAAAUUUUGACGAGAUAAACGAGCCAACAAAUAUAAGUGAUUAUUCAAAGGAGACAGUAUGCUUCCUUAUGUUUGUAGAUGAAGAAACAGAGAAAUAUUUGAGGAUUUCUGGCAGGCUGGGGACCAGAAAGAAGAUUGGUUUGUGGAGAAUUAUUGUUGCUCAUAAUCUUCCUUAUACAGAUCCAAGACGCACAGGGAAGAUUCCAAAGCUUCUGUUGCAUAGAAUGGUUCCAAAUGCCCACUAUUCUAUAUGGCUUGAUGGAAAGCUUGAGCUUGUUGUUGAUCCAUAUCAAAUCCUUGAAAGGUUUUUGUGGAGGAAGAAUGCAACUUUUGCAAUAUCUAAACAUUAUAGACGCUUUGAUGUAUUUGUUGAGGCCGAAGCAAAUAAAGCUGCUGGAAAGUAUGAGAAUGCCUCUAUUGACUUUCAGAUUGAGUUUUACAAGAAUGAAGGACUGACUCCAUAUACAGAGGCCAAACUUCCUCUUAUAAGUGAUGUUCCUGAAGGAUGUGUAAUAGUACGAGAGCAUGUUCCCAUUAGUGAUCUUUUUACAUGUCUUUGGUUCAAUGAAGUUGACCGAUUCACUUCUAGGGACCAGAUUAGUUUCUCAACUGUCAGGGACAAACUUUUGUCCAGGGUGGAUUUUCAUUUUCUCAUGUUCUUGGAUUGUGAAAGACGCAACUUUGUAGUUCAGAAAUACCAUAGGGAUAUAUUGGAGCGCCUGGUUGCUCCAGUGGCUAUUGCUCUCAGUCCUCCUCCUCCUCUAGAAACUUUGCCGGAAAAGGUUGCUAGGAGAGGCCCUGGAAGGCGUGGAAGAGAUCGGAGACCAGGCUCUAGGCGCCACCGUAAAGUCGUGGCCGGAGGCAGGGACAUAAACAUGGAAGCAAAUUAUACAGUUUUGUUUGUGUGAUUAUAUGAUUGAUCAUUUUGGUUUUGGCAUUCCACCUACACAAAUCAUUUUCAUAGCACAGCCCCGGAGGGAAGAUGAGUGUUGUAUCGGUUCCGCAUAGACGCCCCUCAUUCUUUUUACUUUGUGCAAUUCGUUCAUCGUUAUUCUUUUUUGUUGUAUAUAGAGUUAAAAAAUCCUCAAUAAUUAUCAUGAUAUCAGGGUUGUCACUUGCGACCAAAUUCCUCACAUGUGGUAACCCACUCUGUUGCUCCAUUACUAUAGGAUAAAGUGUAGUCGCUCUCACUUGUACUCCAUGAAAAAUAUAUUCACGACCCACUCUUACUCUUCAAUAAAAAAAAGUUUCUCAACGCA